AUGCCCGCAGCUCCGGGCAAAGGCACGAAGAAAUGGGAGGACGAGCACACUAAAAUCCUCGUCGAGGGAAUCAUCCAGCUGGUCCAGACGCACCGGCGGAGCUUGUACGCCCUGCCCGGCAUAGUUGGCGAAGUUGACGGGCACGGCAACGACGCGACGCUGCGUACGACCUACCGCCUCCUUGCUGCUUUUGCGCGGGCGAACGGCGUCGAUCCCGCCGUCGUUAAGGAUAAACAGAAGCGGAAAGUAGAGGCUAAGGAUAAAGACGGGGCAGAGGAGAGCGAGGGGGCGGGGAAGCGGAAGAUGCCGCGCAAGAGCGGCAAGAAUGUCAAGACGGAGGUGUAG